CCUGCGUCCAAACGGGAGCUGAGUUUGCAAGCUGCCAGAGGGCGACCGGGCUGGUGCUGCUGCUGAUGUCAGAGCCAGAAGACAGUUGUGAUUGGAUCCAAUUAGACUUUGCAGCAGCAAAUAGACAAGCUCCCUGCGUGAUUGGCUUCGAAGUGGCUGGUGCCAAACAACUAGCAGAGGUGCAAAAGUAGCAGCCUGGCGCUGGGAGCCCAGAUGAAGAGGCAGCCCAAGGAGGGCUCCGGAGCGCUCAGGACGGCCGGCCGGGCGCACCUUUCCCGGGUCUUGCUGCCCCACGGACAGGCUCAGUCCUGGGGCUCCCAGCGCAGUCUCUCAGACCAGCAGGAGCGCCCAGUGCCAGAGAACAAUUAGGGAGAGAGACGCGCGCUCGCGUCCUUGGUCUUAAAAAGUGAACCCGCUCACCGAUUUGCAAAAGCAGAAGCAGCCUGCUCGGCGGCGGCGGCGGCGGCGGCAGCGGCGGCGGCAAGGGAGAGAAAGGUGAAAUUGCUUAAGAAAGGACUCCUCUCCGGUCCUCGCGACUGGGUCUCAGCCAUGGCAUCCGUCCUGGGGAGCGGCAGAGGGUCUGGAGGGCUAAGCAGUCAACUCAAAUGCAAGUCCAAGAGGAGGAGGAGGAGGAGGUCCAAGAGGAAAGACAAAGUAAGCAUAUUGUCCACCUUCCUCGCUCCCUUCAAGUACCUAAGUCCUGGCACCACAAACACGGAGGAUGAAGACAAUCUAAGUACCAGCAGUGCCGAAGUGAAGGAAAACCGCAAUGUCAGCAACCUGGGGAUGAGGCCCCCUCCUCCUGGAGACUGGGCAAGAGGUGGUGCACCCAGCAUAAAAAGGAAAAGACCCCUGGAGGAAGGGAACGGGGGCCACUUGUGCAAACUCCAGCUGAUCUGGAAGAAGCUCUCAUGGUCAGUGACCCCCAAGAACGCCCUGGUCCAGCUGCACGAACUGAAGCCGGGCCUGCAGUACCGGAUGGUGUCGCAGACGGGCCCGGUGCAUGCCCCAGUCUUUGCGGUGGCGGUAGAAGUGAACGGCCUCACCUUUGAGGGCACGGGGCCCACCAAGAAAAAAGCGAAGAUGCGAGCAGCGGAGCUGGCACUGAAGUCCUUCGUGCAGUUCCCCAACGCUUGCCAGGCACACCUGGCCAUGGGCAGUGGCACAAGCCCGUGUACGGACUUCACCUCGGACCAGGCCGACUUCCCAGACACGCUGUUCAAGGAGUUUGAGCCGUCCACACCGAAUGAGGACUACCCAGUCUGCCGCCCCGUCGACACCGAGCUGCUGUCCACUGCCUACCGGCACGGGCGGCUGCUCUACCAUACCCUGGACCUGAUGGGCCAGGCCCGGCCAGACAGGCCCAGGCCAGCCCCAACGGCCCCAGGGGAGAGGAACCCGGUGGUGGUGCUGAACGAGCUGCGCUCUGGUCUGCGGUACGUGUGCCUCUCGGAGACGGCCGAGAAGCCGAGGGCCAAGAGCUUUGUCAUGGCCGUGUGCGUGGACGGGAGGACGUUCGAAGGCUCAGGACGCAGCAAGAAGCUGGCCAAGGGCCAGGCCGCACAGGCCGCCCUGCAGGCCCUCUUCGACAUCCGGCUGCCGGGCCACACUCCCAGCAGGAGUAAAAGUAACCUCUUGCCACAGGAAUUCGCUGACUCCGUGUCCCAGUUGGUGACACAGAAAUUCCGCGAGCUGACAGUCGGCCUGACAUCAGUGCACGGCCGCCACAAAGCACUGGCAGGAAUCGUCAUGACCAAAGGCUUGGACGCCAGACAGGCACAGGUCAUCGUCCUGUCCUCAGGGACCAAGUGCAUCAGCGGAGAGCACAUCAAUGACCAGGGGCUGGUGGUCAAUGACUGCCACGCAGAGAUUGUGGCCAGGAGGGCAUUUCUGCACUUCCUCUACGCACAGCUGGAGCUGCACCUCAGCAAGCGGCGAGAGGACUCCGAGAGAUCGAUAUUUGUGCGGUUAAAGGAGGGAGGCUAUCGGCUGCGAGACAACAUUCUCUUCCACCUGUACGUGAGCACUUCCCCCUGCGGAGACGCAAGACUCAACUCUCCCUACGAGAUCACCACAGACCUGAACAGCAGCAAACACAUCGUCAGGAAGUUCCGCGGGCACCUGCGCACCAAGAUUGAGUCCGGGGAAGGGACAGUCCCCGUCCGGAGCCCCAGCGCAGUCCAGACCUGGGACGGCGUCUUGCUGGGAGAGCAGCUAGUCACCAUGUCCUGCACAGACAAGAUCGCCAGGUGGAAUGUCCUGGGACUACAAGGCGCUCUCCUCUGUCACUUCAUCGAGCCCGUGUACCUCCACAGCAUCGUCGUGGGGAGCCUACACCACACGGGCCACCUCUCCCGGGUCAUGAGCCACAGGAUGGAGGACAUCGGCCAGCUGCCCACCUCAUACCGGCACAACCGACCCCUUCUCAGUGGAGUGAGUAAUGCCGAGGCACGGCAGCCAGGAAAGUCUCCCCACUUCAGCGUGAACUGGGUCGUGGGCAAUGCGGACGUGGAGAUUAUUAAUGCCACCACAGGGAAGAGGAGCUGCGGGGGCUCCUCCAGGCUCUGCAAGCACGUGUUCUCUGCCCGGUGGGCACGGCUGUAUGGUAGGCUUAGCACACGGAUACCAAGGCACGGAGACACGCCAUCCAUGUACUGUGAGGCCAAGCUGGGGGCGCACACCUACCAGUCUGUUAAGCAGCAGAUGUUUAAGGCUUUUCAGAAAGCAGGGCUCGGCACCUGGGUCAGGAAACCACCGGAGCAAGAUCAGUUUCUACUAACUCUCUAAGUCACCAGACUCCUUUGCUAUUGAAACAUCCAGAGAGGACGAGGCUGUGCGCGUGGAGCAUCAUGGUGUGUCCAUGGGUCCCCUGCGUUUGUUUUCCUGCAGUGUUCUGGACACACACAAGUGUUGGAAGUUUGGAUGAGCAACUAGACUUGAAUUUGGGUUGCUCAUCCCAAGAACCCUGUCCACUACACCUACAGGUACAAGUGCCGUUGUGUUAGCUCUGUGUCUUCUUGGUGGCGUCAAAGGGAGAGCUUCUAUACAGGCAAGGUGUGUCGUGGGGGAGGGGUGCUGGCUGCAGCCUUGACAAGUUGUACUGAAGCGUCGCCAAUUAGAAAUAAGCCUCAGGCACCAUUCCCCUGUAUUCCUUCCCCUGCCAUGCACCUCCCCACAGAUGUGUUCGGGUCUCCCUAGCACAGUAAAUGUUACACUUCAAGAUAAGCCACACGUGAAGAGAAAAGCCAUGGAACCGUCCCUCCUCCCCACCUCCCUUGCCACAAGAAAAGAAAAAAAGAAAAAAAAAAGAAUCCAACAACAACGUUCUAUUAUUUUCAUUAUUCAUUUUGGUUUCUUACUCCAUCUCCUUUCCAAAAGGACUUGAGAUGCACAAUGUUAAACAUGUAGAAUAGGAUCAGAGAAAUGAAAACCAUCCUUGCAAAGCAAAGGGGCAGUUACCCAAGGCACCAAUGAGUUAAGAUCUGUGAUGUAAGGAGACCAUUUCUAAACAUCCUGCUAACUGGACGCUGCUGAAUGCCCCAGGUCUAUUCAGCCAAUCACAACUCUUAGUUUCUUUAGACAGAAAAGGAUAGCCAUUGCAGUCUGACUGUGUAAGGGUUAGCUACUGCCCAACAACCUCCUGAUCAGAUAAUAACAAAACUGAGUCUCACACCAAAUUCUGAAUUUUUAACUUGAAUUGUAUUAGACACCAAACACACAAAAAGUUUUCAAAAACCACUUUGAUUUUAGCCUUGAGGCCAGAUUUCUUUUCUUCUAGGUUCUCCAAUCACCGUCUUAUUGACGAAAAAAAGGAAAGAAAGAAAGAAAAAAAAAAAUAAAGUAGCUGCCAAAAUGCGAGAAGCAGGAUUCUGUCAGCAGGCAUCAAAGAUUACAGCUGGACUUAGAACCAUUUCCUCAACAUCUUCCUAAGAGGGGUUCUGGAUUCAGGCAAGGAUGAGGCACUUCCCUACCAUGUUCCUUGAAUUAUUCUACCACUGAGAAUGCAUUUCUAACAUUCAUGAUGUGAAUUAGCAGGUCUAUAAUUUCUUUAAUUAAAACAGCCCUAUCUGAAAUUCAUUAGGCCAAAUAACAAAACGCAGAAGUAGCCACCUCUGGAGUAUAAGCUUCCUAUUUAGAGUUCCAACUUGACCACCACCCCCCC